AUGAAUAUUUUCGGAUUUAAAAAGGUCAAUUAACCUGAGCCAACAUUAUUAACUAAGACUAAAGAGGAAUUAAAAGAUAAAUAAAGAUCAAUGAAUAAAGAAUAUUAAAUAGAAAUAAAAGAUAUUAAAAGGUAUUUUAUUAUUUUAAGUGUUAUAGACAAAAUUAUUAACUUGAAGAAGCAAGAAAGAAAGCUGAAGAAUUACUUCAAAAAGAAAUAAAAAAAGAGACAAAACUGAUCUAUAAAUUAUAUAGAUUCAUCAAAAAGAAUUGA